AGAUCACCUCGGCCCCUUGGAGAGGCGGCCGAGCUGCGGCGGCGUAGGAGGGGGCGGGUUUGGCAAGGGCGCGGCCUCUGGGAGGGGGGCGCACGACGCGCAUCCCCCGCGCUCGCUCGCCCGGGCCACUCGGGAGCCUCGCGGCAGCCCGGUGCCCCACUUGGCCAUCCGCUCCGUGCUUCUUCUUUGCGCCCGCCUCCUCUUGUCACCUCCCGUCUCACCCUCUUGCUCCAUCCCCGCCGCAUACAUCGCCAUCCGAGUGCCUCAGAGAACCGGAGGUGGUACGCGGGGCUUCAGGGCGCGCCCUCAAGCGGUCCCCAGCUCGAUAUUGGGGGGCACGGGCAACAGCAUGGACACCAAGCGCUGCUUCGCUAACCGCUUCGAUGACUACCAGGGCAGCCUGCUGGCGGGCCAGUGCGAGGAAGCGGUGGCGCCCUUGGUCACCGCCACCAUCGAGCGCAUCCUCCAGGAGCUGCCCCCUCUUGGGGGCGGCGCUGAGGCCCGGGGGGCGACGGCCGGGGCCAGCGUCUGCCAGGGUGGGCUGUACAGCGGCGUGGCCGGGGUGGCCUACAUGCUCUACCACGUCUCACAGAGCCCGCUCUUCGCCGCGGCCCGGGAGCGCUACUUGCGCUCCGCCAAGCGCCUCAUAGACGCGUGCGCCCGCGCCGAGGAGUGGGGCGAGCCGGACGCCGACACCCGCGCCGCCUUCCUGCUCGGGGGAGCGGGCGUGUAUGCUGUGGCCACGCUGGUGUACCACGCCCUGGGCCGGUCCGACUACGUGCAGCCGCUGGGCAAGUUCCGGGCUCUGUGCGCCGUCUGCGCGCCGGUCUCCUUCCUGGAGUGCGGCUCCGACGAACUGUUCGUGGGCCGCGCGGGCUACCUGUGUGCCGCGCUGGUGCUCAAGCAGAAACUCGCCCAGGAGGUGCUGACCCCAGCACAGAUCAAAUCAAUUUGCCAGGCAAUUCUGGACUCUGGGAAGCAAUAUGCUACAAAGAAGAGGAAACCAUUCCCCCUGAUGUAUUCUUACUAUGGAACCGAGUACUUGGGGGCAGCUCAUGGCCUGUCAUCCAUUCUGCAGAUGCUUCUUUCUUACCAUGAGCACCUCAAGCCCGCAGAUCGGGAGCUGGUGUGGCAGAGUGUGGACUUCCUCAUGGAACAGGAACAGAAUUGCAACUGGCCACCUGAGCUCGGCGAGACUAUCGAGAGAGAGAAUGAGUUGGUCCACUGGUGCCACGGUGCUCCAGGAAUUGCCUAUCUGUUUGCCAAAGCUUAUCUGGUUUCCAAGAAACCACAGUACCUGGACACAUGUAUCCGUUGUGGGGAGCUCACAUGGCAGAAGGGCCUGCUGAAGAAGGGACCGGGGAUUUGCCAUGGUGUUGCUGGCAGUGCCUAUGUGUUCCUGCUGCUGUACCGGCUGACCGGAAACUCAAAAUACAUCUACCGUGCCCAAAGGUUUGCUCAAUUCUUAUUUACCGAGGAAUUCAAGGCCGGGUCACGGGUCCUUGAAAGCAUAUACAGCUUGUAUGAAGGCUUCUCCGGGACCGUGUGCUUUCUGAUCGACCUGCUGCAGCCCAAUCAGGCUGAAUUCCCUCUCUUCAGCGUCUUUGUUUAAAAGGUUCCAUCUCCCACUGUGGCCCUGCAGAAGUCCCCUGAGAUUUCCUGAGCCUGCCGAGGCAGUUUCCACAUAAGCCACAUUCAAUGGUAUCAUGACCAUGAGCCUUAACAUUGCCGCCGGAAGGAUGGGAGCAGGAGGGGAAGGUAGCAUGGUAGCAGACUGGAGAGAACCUACAAAAUAAGACACCACAACUCAUCUAAAAACUGUAGCGAAUGUAUGUUUCAGGGAGUGGAUGUAAAACUGGAGAUCAGAGAGAAAGGGGAAAAGAAAUGAUCUGUUUUUCAGUUCAUAACACAAGAACCAAAACAGAGAGGGGCACUAUGGCAAUAAAAUGCUAGUACUUUCCCAAUUGGAGAGAGAAUCUGGCCCUCUAUGGGUGUCUUCCACCCCUAAAUUCAGAAAUACAGACAAUCAAAACUUAUUUGCCCCAGUGAAAACUGCUGGCAGGGUUGAAAUGUCAGGAUGAAGGACAAAAAAGAAAACCUUUGAUUGUCCUAAGCCUUUAAUUAUUGAAAUUCAUGAUUUUUACUGAAUGGAGAUAUUUGCAUAUGAAUAUUUUUUAUCAUUGCCCUGGGCACUUUAAAGACAUCAUAUCAUAACUUAAACACUGAAGUUCCACAUUUCCUUAGGCCUUAGAAUAUCUCUUUUCCUAGUUCCUUUUUCUUUCCUAAAGCUCAAUUAGAAUAGUAAAAUUCAGGCAGGGCUGGCGGGUGUAACUCAGUGGUGGAAUGCAUGCCUAGCUUGCACAAGGCCCUGGGUUCCAUCUCCAGAACCACAAAUAAAGAAGAAAAAUUCAUAGUCUAGCAAAUACUGUAGCAAGUGUUGCUUUCAAGUGUUUUUCUGAAUUUCAAGUGUGAGCUGUGUAUUGUCUAUUGUUGGUAAUUUUUAAAAUGCCUUUAUGUAUGUAAUCUCUAUGAAGCUAUUAGUCAAACUGUAAAAUUUGCUCUUGGUAAAAAUCACUCAUCUCAAAGAUCAGGGUAACCACUACAAAGCUGUGUCAUUCUGCCUUUGAUGUAAUACUGUGUCCCUUGGGACAGACAGACAGGCUAAGAAAGGCACCAGUUGAUUGUGGAAGCAAUAUUGUUUGACUUUAUACUAUUAGUUUAAGAGAUGAGUGAACUCCCUGGCUGGUCACCUUACCUUCCAAGACACAGGGUCCACUAGAAAUUGGUUACAAUACCCAUUGAACCAAGUUAUCAUAUUAAAUUAAACCCUGCUGUAAACACA